AAGAUGAUUUGAAAUAACUUCAGAAAAUAAGAAGAGCCUGCUGAAUUAGGCCAGUGGCCCAUCUAGUCCAGCAUCCGGUUCUCACAGUGGCCAACCAAAUGCAUGUGGGAAGCAGGACAUGAGGGGAAGCUUCUAAAUUGCAAAUUUGCUGCUUCCACUUCUGAGGAAGUGACGGGCAGGAAUGACCAGUGCUGGCUCUGAGGUCCUCUGCUGGCUGUGAGGAGUAAAGAGCACAGGAUUUUGAUUGUCUGCCAACUCAACCUGAAAUGACUUCUGACCAUGUUAUACGCAUGCAUUUUAUCCUCUGCAAGCUGUAAAAAUAUUCAAAACGCCCUUGCUGAAAUCAUUUGUUGCUACUUGCUGUCUCCCACUCAGCCACUGCUUUGUGUAACCUGAAUCCUCCAGUAAAGGCUGAUUCUGUGGACACUCUUCCUUUUAAUCUGCAUUUAGGGUGAUCCCACGGCUGGUUUGGGAAGCGUUGUGCACAUUCCACUCAGAACACCCAGCUUCAUUGGGUUAACAGAUGCCUCCACAUAUUUCAUUUAUUAUUUUGUUUCUGAACAUAUGUGUUUUCAUUUCAACACAAUAACCUGAAGAAAAGGCCUGCAUAGCUUUUAGGUUUGCUUUUCCUUUUUCUGACAUUUACUAAUCUAACAAAGAGAUGAAGUUUCUUGAUUGAAGAUUGCAAUAAGCCUCUGCAUUGCUUUAUUGGUUUAUUGGAAUGCUAAUAAUAAUAAUAAUAAUAAUAAUAAUAAUAAUAAUAAUAAUAAUACAGCUAUAAUGUUGCUAAGUCACCAAUGAAAGCUUCUGGUGUACCAAAGGACAUUCUGCAGAAAAUCACUGAUAAAAAGUUGGCCAUAGGUUAUUUAUCCUCUGAAAGCAAUGCUAGAACAUUCUGCUGAAAGUUACUGAUAAAAAGUUGGCCAUAGGUUUUCCUGCCCUUCUCUCUCAUUUCUUAAGGGUACUUAAGCACUCCCCUCCUAUUGUGCCAACAGAAGACAUUUUACAAAGCUACAGUUCCCAGCAUCUUUAACAAAUCUCAGUUCCCAGGAUUCUUUGGGGAAUGCCAUGCACAUCAAAUGUGUUUUACAUGUGCUGGCAAAAUGAACACAGCCAGAGGCAGUUUUGGAUCUUAUUCAUACGGUCCUUUCUUUCCUUACAUCCUUUGCGUGUUCAUUGGGCACUUGGAACACCCUUCAGCCCAUCAGAAGACAGCUAUUAUUUAUCAUGUGAAAGCAAUGUUGAUAAGUCAACAAGGAAACAGCUGGUUUGCCAAAGGACAUUCUAAUGAAGUUUACUGAUAAAAAGUAGGUCAUAGUUUUCUCCGCCCUUCUAUCUCAUUUGUUCAGGGCAUUUGCUUAGACCCUCCCCUCCUAUUAUGACAACAGAAGACAUUUCAUUGGAAACACGAGCUUCAUUUUUCUCACUCGAGUUUUUCCUUUCGCCACAAGAGUGUUGUUCAGUUUCAGCCUGCAGCCAAGAACUGAAGAAGCACAGAAGCAGAAAAUGGCACUUAGCAAAGACCGUGGCAUUACAAUGAAUGAUGGGAACAAAAUCCCAAUACUGGGGUUUGGAACCUAUUCCCCAGACGCUGUUCAAAAAAGUAAGUGUGAGGAGGCUACAAAGAUAGCAAUAGAAGUCGGCUUCCGUCAUAUUGAUGGCGCAUAUGUAUACGAGACCGAGGAGCAAGUUGGGCGGGCCAUUCGUGCGAAGAUUUCAGAUGGAACAGUAAAAAGGGAAGACAUUUUCUACACCGGAAAACUCUGGAGUACCUUCCACCGCCCUGAGCUGGUUCGGAAAUGCUUGGAAGAAUCGCUGAAGAAACUCCAGUUUGACUACAUGGAUCUGUUCAUAAUUCACAAUCCGUAUUCUAUGAAGCCUGGACCAGAUUUAGUUCCCUUGGGAGAAGACAAAAAAUUUAUUAUUGACAACGUAGAUCUUCGGCAGACAUGGGAGGCAAUGGAGGCGUGCAAAGAUGCUGGCUUGGUGAGGUCCAUCGGAGUGUCCAACUUCACCCGUAAGCAGCUGGAAAUGAUCCUGAACAAGCCAGGACUGAAAUACAAACCAGCAAUAAACCAGGUUGAAUGCCAUCCUUAUCGGAACCAAAGCAAGCUGCUGGCCUUCUGCAAGUCAAACAAUAUCGUCCUUGAAGGAUAUAGUGUCCUAGGAUCCCAAAGGGACCCAAGAUGGAUAGAUACAAACACUCCUGUCCUGCUUGAAGACCCUUUGUUGGUUGCGAUCGCCAAGAAGUACAACAAAAGCCCAGCUCUCGUGGCUAUUCGCUACCAACUGCAGCGCGGCCUGGUAGUCCUGGUGAAGACCUACACCAGAAAACGAAUUGAGGAAAAUGCCCAGGCAUUUACUUUCCAGCUGUCUGAGGAGGAUAUGAAAUCCAUUGAUGGCCUUCACAAAAACAUGAGCUUCAUAAAAGCGGAAAUAUUUUCUGGUCACCCACAGUAUUACCCACCAGAUGAGGAGUGAGGACUCGUCUCCCAUCUCCAAUUUAUUUCCUUCUGAACUGGGUACUUUCUCAUGGAAAACAUUUCUUCUCACUAGGGAUGGGAAAAUCUGUCAGUAUCAGUUCCUCCCAACAACCCACCACCUCAUUUUCCACUCUUCAAUUCCUCACAUCUCCACAUCAGUUUGGGAUUUUAAAAAAUAUCAUGAAAAUUCAUCAGUGCAAAUUUCUCCUACCACCCACUUUUUUCUUUGCACUUUUGGCUAAAAUAAAGCAUGAUUGCAUGGUGUUUUCACUGA